CUGUUUAUCAAUUUAUCUGUUCAUCUAUCGAUCUCUCUCUCUCCCUGUGUUAAGGUUCUAUUGUCAAAAACAAGACAGAAUAUUUUUAUAUUUCUUGAACUAUAUUUUUUUAAAUCAAAUUUAUUCUAUUAUUUUGUUUCUUUUAAGCCAAAUAAUUUAUCUUUUCCGUACCUUUUCUAGGUUAUACGAUUAAAUUUGCUAUCUGUAUACUUCUAAUCGCUCAUACUUAAUCACUAUUUACAUAUCUUCUAAAUAUCUUUUAAAUAUUUUAUAUGUGUGUCAGAUAUUUCGCUUUAUAUUGUCAGUUUGCAUUUAUGACACUCUCAAUAUUAUGUACUCAUUUUAGAAGAGUGCUCGACGUAAUUGAUAUAUUUUGUUUUUCAGAUAUUUUAAUAAGUGAUAUUAAUAAUAUGUGUCGUGUAAUUCCACCAGAUGUAAACCCUAAUGGAGAUAUUCGUACAACAAUAAGCAAUUCUUGUAUUAUAGAACAGCGUAAUAAUCUUGAUAAUUUGAUGAUGUUGGAAAAUACAAAAUUUGAUGAUAAAAUUGAAAGUUCUACAGACUCAGUGAAACUAAAAAAUUCACAAACAUUUACAAAAGAAACUGAUAAUAUCACAAAGAACAACAUGGAUUUCAAUAAUACUGAUAGUGUUAAUAAUGAUAAUAUUUCUUCAAAUAAAAACAAGACUUAUGUUGAUGUUACAUCGAAUUCUACGUUGGCUUUUGUUCCACUUGCAGAAUCUACACUCAAAUUAGCUACUAAUCACAUAACCAAUACUAAUGAUAAUGAGUGUAAUAAUGAUAAUGAGUGCAAUAAUGAGUCUAAUAAUGCUAAUGAGCCCAAUAAUGAUAAUGAGUCUAAUAAUGACAGUGAGCCUAAUAAUGACAAUGAGUCUAGUUUCCAUUUGUCAGAUUGCUCUAUAUCGGAAACGGAUGAAAGUGAAAAUAAUGAGAAUACGACUAAUGUAAAUGUAAACGAAACUAUGAGAAGUUCAUUAAAUCUGACAUCUUCAUUAUGCACAUCUGAAAGAAUUAUAUGUGAUGAUAGAAAUAUGUGUGUUGAUACCUCUCAGGCUUCUAAAUCAAAAUUGAGUUUGUGCCCAUACUGUAAGAAAUUACAGAAACAAUUUGCAAGACAUUUAGAGACAGUACACAAAACUGAAGAGGAUGUAAAGAAGUUUUGUUUCUUACCUAAAGGCAACUCAGAACGAAAAAAGAUUAUUGGUAUAAUCAGACGAACAGGAAAUUUUAUGUACAAUACAGAUCCUACUUUAAAUAAAGGAGAUUUAAUUGUAUGUCGCCGUCCGAAUCGACGUCUGAAAAAACAGGCAACUGAUUUUAUUCCUUGUGCAAAAUGCAAAGGCUUUUUUUCUAAAAAUAAUAUUAGGCAUCAUUUCAAGUCGUGUGCACAGAAUAGAGAGAAUCGUCAAAGAAAUAUAAAAAUAUUGGGACGUACUGUGGCUUGUCGUAUACAUUGUAGUGCAAGUACAACUUUAAGAAGAUUGGUGUUUCCAGUGAUGAGGGAAGACAGUGUAACUCAACUUAUCAGAUAUGAUGAAUUGUUAAUUGCUUAUGGAAAUAAAAUGUGUUUGAAGUAUCGUCUUCAACAUCAGCAUGACAUGAUUAGAUCACGAUUAAGAUUACUUGGACGAUAUCUCGCUGCUAUGAAAGAAAUUGAUGAUACUGUAGAAGAUUUUAGUUCAAUAUAUAAUCCAACAAAAUAUGAUUUCUGCAUUAUGGCUGUAAAUAAUCUUGCAAAAUUUGAUGAAAAAACUUGGACAUAUAAAGUACCUUCUACUGCAUCAUCCUUGGGAACACUCAUAAAACAAGUUGGACAAAUAUUAAGAAGUAUGUAUAUCAAGAAAUAAGAAUUUGACAACCAGGUCGUACUAGAAAACUUUUUAUUUGAAGAAGAUUAUCCUAUCAGCGUAAAUAAAGUUGUGCAGGAAACUCAAGGACGCCGAAUGAGACAAAAAAAUAUAGUUUUACCAUCUAUGGAUGAUAUUAAAAUAUUAAAUACCUAUUUGAAAAAUGAACGCAUGAAUGCUUUUAAAGCAUUACAAAAAGAUGGAUUUUCUAUUCAAGUAUGGCGUACAUUAUCCGAAACAACAUUAGUCUCUACCAUGAUAUUCAACAGAAGACGUGCUGGCGAAUUAGAACGUAUCUUAAUUGAAAAUUUAGAAACUUCCACUACAAUUUCAAAAGAGGAAGCACCAGAUUUAUAUAAAUCUUUAUCCAAAUAUGUACGAAUAACGAUACGUGGAAAAUUAGGAAGAACAGUUCCUGUUUUACUCUGUAACGAUAGCCCGCCUUGCUCUCCCCGGUUCUGGUCUCCGGAUUUCGGACGGGAUUCCGAAAUCCGUUUAUGCUUCGCGGAACUUAAUCAGACGCGCGGUUCUGACUAACCGGUCGGAAGAGCCAGCGUGCUCUCGGUCGGUGUUUGACGUGCUGUGUAUCGGAAAAAAGGGAUCCUCCGUUCCUCCUAUUUGCCGAAUAUGCUCAGCUCCAGGGCCGUCGGGAGGAAAGGAGGACGAGAUCUUAAUUACUCAGUAGAGUCAAUCGCUUGGGAGGAUCGGAAAUAAGUCGGACAGGUGUUUAGAGGUGAAAAUUGAUAUGAACGAGGUUUAUUCAGGAACUAAUACAAGGGAUCUCGUGAUGAUUACAAUGGGUCCGCCCUAGAGUAAAAAUAUAAAGGAAAGAAAAAGGAUUAAUAUUACAACGAGUCCGCCCUGUGGUUAAAUACAGAGGAAAAAACAGGAUAUGAUUAGUCGGAAUCAACUCGGAAUACGGAAAAUAAUGAUUACAAUACGGAUUUCAACAAGUACGGAAAUUAAUGAAUACAAUACAGAUUUUGAUCGGAGUACGGAAAUAAUGAGUACAAUACGGAAUCAAAUCGGAGUACGGAGAUAAUGAGUAUAAUACGGAACUAUAUCGAGGUACGGAAAGUACGGAAUCAGUACGGAAAAGUAAUGAGUACAAUACGGAAUCAAAUCGGAGUACGGAAAUAACUGGUAAUACUGGACACAGUCAGGCAGGAUGACUGCACGGACCCUUCUGGUCUGCAAGGGAAAAAUAAUAAUGGGAUUAAUACUACGGAGCUUACUAUUAGAGCUAAUGAGGAAUAUUCUUUCCCACCCGAAUAUUACCCCCCUGAGUUCUAUACCGGUCAGGAAUCAGGAAAAGGAAUCUGGUCAGGACAGGACCACGCCCGAGCGGCGCCUCGUGAUGCGUGAAUUUUUCAGUAGCGAUUGUACACCGAGGAGCACCCCGUUAGGUGUACGCUACUGCGGAAAGCACUCCGCCCCGCGAAUCACGGCGGUACCCGUGCCUUCGGGGGGAACGGAGUCAGGACGGAAACAGGAGACCGGUGCGGGGAAAUUGUAGCAUGUGUACGCCGAGGAGCACCCCGUUAGGCGUACGCUACUGAGGGACGGGGCCCACAACGGAGUAGAGCCUCCGCUGUGUGCUCCGGUU